AUGUCCAACCUGGUGCUGGCCUCCAUCGCAGUUCUUGUUCUUGUGUUUGCUCGAUAUGCUGCUGCCAGUCGUCGACCUCGAGGAUUUCCGCCAGGGCCACCAACAUUGCCAGUGAUUGGCAAUCUGCACCAGUUUCCUCUCAAAAAGCCUUUCAUCAAAUUUCAUGAGUGGAGCAAACAGUACGGCCCUGUAGUGGGCCUCAAGCUGGGUCCUCAAAACGUUGUUGUACUGAACAACUACAAGAGUGUGAAAGAACUCUUUGACAAACGUGGAGCUAUCUACUCUAGCCGUCCUGAUAGUUAUGUGGGCAAUGAACUUCUCUGUCCCAACGAAACACACAUCCUCCUGGCUCCCUAUGGUCAGGGCUGGAGGGCCCUUCGGAAGGCAGUCCAGGCCAUGUUGAAUGUGACGGCCGUGGACGGACUCUUGCCAGUUCAAGAAGCGGAAGCAUCGCAAACGUUGUUUGAGCUGAUGACGACCCCGGAGCAGUGUUUCACGCACAUUCGCCGCUAUUCGACCGCGGUCAUUCUGGCAUCGGUGUUUGGCCAGAGAGGCGCGAGCUACGAGGCCCCCAAGGUCCAAGCCCUCUAUCACGCGCAGGAGCAAUUCACCGAGAUCCUGGCCCCCGGAGCCACACCACCCGUGGAUCCCUUUCCGUUCCUCAGAUACGUCCCGGCAUUCUUGGCCCCUUACAAACGCUGGGCGGCGGAGAUUCGACAGGAGCAACGGACACUGUAUUCCAACUUGCUCAAUGAGACGGUGGCGCGAGCUCGAAGGCAGGACCGGAUCCCUUGCUUCAUGGACAAGCUCCUGGAAGGGAAAGAGAAGAGCGGGCUUCACGACGAGCAGAUUGUAUACACCGGGGGGAUUUUGAUGGAAGCAGGGUCUGAUACCACAUCCUCAACUCUCCACUCGUUUGUACUCGCCAUGAUCAAGUACCCCGAGGUCUUGCAAAGGGCACAGAAAGAGCUAGACGACGUGUGCGGGGCCUCAAAGUCACCCAGCUCCCAAGAUAUCAGGAACCUUCCCUACAUGCAAGCAGUCAUGACAGAGACACUGCGAUGGAGACCAGUGGCACCAAAUGGCGUCCCUCACAUGUUGAUCCAAGACGACACCUAUGACGGCUACUUUCUUCCCAAAGGCACCAUCGUGUUUGCCAACACCUGGUCCAUCCACCAAGACAUAUCGGAGUACGACAGACCCGAGGAAUUCAUGCCCGAGCGGUUCCUCGACGACAAGUUCGGCAGCAAGAGCAACACCCAGACUUCGCGCGACGACGACGAGAAUCACCGAAGGGUGACUUACAGCUUUGGGGCUGGGAGGCGCGUCUGUCCCGGCCAGCGCCUCGCCGAGAAUUCCCUGAUGAUCAACAUGUCCAAGAUGGCCUGGGCCUUUGACAUCAAAGCCGACCUGGCGGCACCACCGCUGGACCCGAACGUGGAGACGGGGUACUCUGACGGCUUCGUGUUUGGGCCCAAUCCAUUCUCGGCCUCGUUUUCGAUCCGAUCGCGUCAGCACGAGGAGACCAUCCGGAGAGAAUACGAGGAGGCAAAGACGUUUUUCCAGAAGUAUGAAGACUAG